AUGCAGAACCAUCACCUGAAGGAGCACUUGUAUAAAAUCCUGGUGAUCGGGGAUCUGGGUGUGGGGAAAACCAGCAUCAUCAAGCGCUACGUGCACCAGAACUUCUCAGCGAACUACCGCGCGACCAUCGGCGUGGAUUUCGCGCUCAAAGUUCUCAACCUUGAACAGGAGACCGUUAGACUGCAACUCUGGGACAUCGCCGGCCAGGAGCGUUUCGGGAACAUGACGCGGGUGUAUUACCGAGAGGCCAUGGGAGCCUUCAUUGUUUUCGACGUCACACGGCCGUCAACAUUCGAGGCCGUGGCCAAGUGGAAGGAGGAUCUGGAUGCCAAGUUGAGUUUAUCCAACGGCAAACACGUGGUGGCCGUAUUGCUCGCCAACAAGUGCGAUCAGGGCAGAGACGUUCUCACCAACAAUGGCAUCAAGAUGGAGCAGUUCUGCCAGGAGAACGGCUUCGUGGGAUGGUUUGAAACUUCAGCCAAGGAGAACAUUAAUAUAGAUGAGGCCGCACAUUGUCUUGUGAAGCACAUUAUAGCUAAUGAGAAUGAUCUGCUGCAGUCCGAGGUUGUAGACACCAUCUCGCCGCAGCAGGAGUCCAGCCGAGGAGGAACCUGCUCGUCGUGUUUCAGAUCCUGAAGAAGAUCUCCAGAUACUCUCUGAGGAGCGCCUCUCCAUUCAACCUCAUCCUGG